AUGUCCGAUGAAAGCGAUAUCGGGGCCCCGGCCCUCGGUGUAUGCUGGGCACUCGCUACCAUUGCCUUGAUCGUGACGAUUGCCAGAAUUUAUACACAGGCGCGGAUCACGCGUAAACUUGGGCUUAGUGACGCGAUGUUGGCCUUAUCCACUUGCAUUGUUUUGACCUUCGCAUCCCUGAUCACCGUGCAAUACCACUACGGUUGGGGUCGACAUCAGCAGACGCUUACCACACACCAGCGCAUCGAAGCCCUUAAAUACAAUUCGAUAGGCCAGACUUUUGGAGUCUUGGGCUCUACUUUUGGCCGUCUAUCAACCAUUGCGACUAUGUUUACACUCUUUGGAAUCAACCGUAAAUUGCGGCGAGGACUCUGGACAAUAUUUGCGGCACAAUUGAUUACCAACGGUGCCGUUGUGGUGUGUUUAUAUGCCCAAUGCACUAAUGUUGUCUUGCUUUGGGAUUCGAGUGUAUCUGGUACAUGUUGGAAUGCGGAUGUGCAGACUUAUCUUGGAUAUGCGCACUCGGCUUUCAAUGGUUGUACUGAUCUCUUCUUGACCUUCUUCCCGGCGUACAUGAUUCGCAAUUUGCAGAUGAACCGAUGGACAAAGCUCGGCGUGGGCAUCCUCUUGGGGUUGAGUAUUCUUGCUGUCAUUGCCGUUGUAAUGAAGAUUGUUAAUCUCGAAGCCCUAGCGAAUAGGGGCGACUAUACCUACAACACGGUUGCUCUAUUCACUUGGAUCUUAGCCGAAGCCGUCCUUCUCAACAUUGCCGCGUCGGCCCCUGUUCUCCGUCCACUGUACAAAAGGCUUAUGAAAAACGAAUCUCGCAAUUACUCCUAUGAGAUGAACAGCCACGAGGUUGUAAGGAGCCACGUCUUACGCAGCCAAGGAGGCAUCAAGUCCAAUGAUUCUGCAAGUGACAAGGCCGCCAUUCUGGUCAAAGACCAGUCGCUGCAGGACAGCUACUAUCAUAUCACCGUGAAGCAGUCGUACUCGGUAACUAUGGCUGAAUCAAGAACUUCAGGCUAA